CAGCGACGCGCUGUCAGCGCAGCCCAUCUGCGGUUUCUCAGUGCUGAGUCGGGCGCUCGCUCCCUCGUUCAACAAACGGUCACCGAAGGCAGCUCUGUGCCAGACUUUGAGGGAGGAGGAGCGCGAGCCGGAGCCACGGCGCCCCGGAGAAGCGCCCAGGCCGGCGGCAAGGUGCCCCCUGCUCUCUGCGCCCUGAGGAAGGAAAGGUCGUGAGCCUAGCCUCUUAAGCCUUUCCCAGGAUCUCCAAGCAGGGAUGAAGGGAACAGAUCUUCACUAGGAGAUGCGGGGCCUCGCCUUCCGGCGCCACGCCCGGGGGGUUGCCUGGAUCUUGGGGUGGCGGGGUGGAUUGCUAGGGCAGGAUUGGACGGUGCCAGAGACCCAGCAAAUGCGGCUGGACCUGCGACCCUUGGGAGGAGGCGCAUCUCCGGCCUGGCUUUGGGCCAUAGUAAGACACAACGAGACGGCGCCCAGCGGAAGGCCCUCAGGCAGCUGACCUGGGCUUGGUGCGCUGAGGCCACUCUACCGGUCUCAGUCUCGGCAGAAACUCGGAACUGUGGGCGCUUCCAGGGCUCUAAAUGGCUCAACAUCAUUGUUCUGCUGGCUACUUCUUAAAAGAAAAAUUCCUACUUCAAGAACGCGCUUAAUCUUCCCAUAUAUACAGGAGGGAAUAGGCACAUAGAGAUGUCUCUAAGGUUGGAUUAUUUUCAUGGGAGGUUGAGACAUAAUCAGAGAGGUUUGGGAUAUUUCUACCCCAAACGGGAAGGCCAGCCAAGAGGUUUCCUGGCAGCAGUUGAGUGAGGAGGCUAGGGCUUAGCUGAGCAGCUGCUCCCUGGUGGGAAGGCAUGGGGUAGGGGUUGGAAGAUACCCACAAAAGACCCCCCUCCCCCCCACACACAAGAGUAGCCAGAGCUUUCCUCCUGAGCAUAGCCCAACGCUGGGCUAAGGAUUAUCCCUGUAGCCCCACCUCCUCUUUUGCUUAGGAGAAACAGAAGACUUCCCGGAGGAGCUAGCAACGGGCUCCUGGACUCCUUGGCCUGUGCUCUCCUCCACCUCAUCACUUCCUCCCCGCUCCAGCCUCUGGGCCCCUGGCCACUAGGUAGGGCUCAGCCCUUUGUCCUUUCAUAGUGAUUGCGAGGUUGGCCUCAGGACUCCAACACAGAGGUUUCCUCCAGUGUUUAAAUCAAAGCCAAGAGCCUCCAAGUGUCACCAUUCCCAACAGCCCAGUGCAAGCUGCCACCCAUCUUCAGACAGUCCAGGGCAGCUGGACAUGAUGGGUGAGUGAGGGAAGUUGCCGCCCAGGCCCCGAGCUGACCCCUUAGUGAACCAGAAGGAAGCUGGUGCCCUCCUGACCUUAUGCUUAAGGUGGAUCCCCGGGGCCAGAAGGAAAGGGGGAAGCAGCAGGCGCAGGCAGGGUCGGUAGCUCAAGAGCUCAGCGGGCCCUUCCGAGCUCGGCUGACACUGCCAUAACCCCCAUCCAGGGCAAUUCAUCACCCACUGCCGACCGCAGACCCGGCGCCAGGCCACGGGCUCGGCAGGCACUGGAGCCAACAAAAGCGGCAGAAUUGGGGCCUGCCCUCAGGGCGCUCCUGAAGCUGCAGAGCCCACAUCUGGGCUGAGAAGCUCCCACCAGGGAGAGGGGGCAGGAGGACCAGGACUGGGGGUUGAUUCUGAUAGGGGGAGAGGACCAAUAUGGGGAGGAGGUUUCAGGUGUAGGUGGUUCCAAGAGACUUGGUUUACCUGUUUUAGGAUCUGUACUCACUCUAGGCUCCUGUAGGGGCAGCUCCAAUUUCCCAUUAAUAUCCUGUUCAGUAAUUUCAGGGAACACCUGAACUCCUGUUGUGGUGCCUCCAGAUUCUCCUAGGAAGGAGCAUUCUGGUUCUUGCCCUCCUGGACCGCAUAUGCUUAUGAAGGAGGUAGACAAUAAACUAGCAAAGAGCACCAGAAUUGGGGCUGGUGCUAAGUGCUCUCAAGAGAAUAAAACAGGUCUGUAAGACACAGUACCUGGGGCUAAACGCUGCAGGGUGGGAAGGGAAGACUUCUGUGAGGAGGUGACAUUCAACUUGGGAAGGAACCAGCCACCGGUGACCUGGGAAAGGAGCUGCCCAAGCAGAGGAAACAGCAGGUACAAAACCCUGCACCCCCAGACAGGAAUGAGUGCUCAGGAGGUAGGAAGGGGUUGAGGGGAAAAAGUGGAGGCUGGGUCCUUCAGUGGCCAGAGUUCACCUGACUCCGAUCUACCUCUGGGUCCUCACUCCCCUUCUCCAGCAAAAAACUACUGUCCACCCCCAACCCUUAGCAACAAGGAAGCUGUUUUGUAAACAUCUUGGAAAUACUUUGUUUUCCAGUGAGCCAAUCCUCCUCCCCGCCCACCACCACCCAAGAAAGCUUCGCAAGUUUUCUAAUGGAAGUUCUUAUCGGGCUGAUUAUUGACCCCCUUCCUCCAUUGAAGAUGUUCUUUAAUGAUCUUCGCUCUCACAUUUAAUCCUUUCCUACCCAACGCCCCCGCGGGUCUCGAUGGGCAGAUUUAUUAAGAUUCUCCCCCUCCCCCGGCAAUUUCCAGAACGCAGGCCCCACUCAUCUUGUGACCCGGCGCGCUCUGAACUUGGCGAGGUGGCCCUGCAGAGUUCACUCGGAUGUCACGGUCCGGCCUGCAGGGGUCACAGGCAGGUCAGGCCAGAGGAUUGGGAAUGGGCUCCAGGUCACGUCCCCGCUGGCCGGUUUUGCUCACCGGCCCGAACACCGUCUCGAAAGGGGCGGGCCCAGAAUUUCUGAGAAUUACUUCUAGCGCGUCUCGCCGCGUUCCCGCCGGUGCCAGAAGUUGGCCGGCACCGUUUACAGUCGCCAAAUCGUGCGAAGGCAUGACAGCGGGAGAGACCCUUCCCUAGAGCCUCUGAAACGCCGAGUCCAACAAGCCCUAUGGCGACUCCGGCUGGGAGUGUUGCGGGCCCACGCGGUCCCUACCACUCCACAUUUUCCACUCCCGCCGGCGUUGGGGACCACUGUGGGAGGGCCACGUAUUUAACAGCUCUUAGGAUCAAAGAGUUUUCCAUUUCCAAGGGACGCCUUCCAAGGCGCGCGGCGUGCUCCUGCAAGAGUCGGAGUUUAUGUUUCGUUUUCGGCGCUGCUGGUGCGUUCAGCGCUGAAACCAAGGAUGCCUGUGGGCCGGCCAGGGGGGAAGUGGGGUGCGCACAUGCACUGUGCGCACGUGCACUUUCCGAAGUGCCGAGCUUCCCGCGUUGGCUGCAGUAGCAGCUGACUGCAGUUGGACGAAGGCCAGAAGGACGGAUUCCCUCAACACUCCCAUUAGGGGUCGGCAGAGGCCUGGGUUGAGGGUCGAGCACCCCGCUCACCUGGGUGGCUUGCUUCUGUGGGUGGGAGCUGGGAGAGCGGAGGAAGGUUCGUGGGCCCCGAAUCCAGGUCAUCCGGGUGAAGUAACCUAGCGUGCGCGGAGCCGGGAAAAGUAUUUGCAGCUAGGGGCCCCUAGUUGCAAACUCACAACUGCCCCGGGGUGUAGACAGAUCGGGGUAUUACCGCCUUCAUAUUAAGAAGAAGGAAACAGGCGCAAGGAUGUGUGGUGACUUGCUCAAGGUCAUGCAAGUAGAGAUGGAGCGGGUCCCGGAGUACAGCCUCCCAGGCUUUCCUUCGUCUAUCUCUGUCACCUUAUCUGCCCAGGUCUAAGGCUCUUCCCUUCUGCCUAGCUGGGGCUGUGACUCCCAGGGCCCUCGGAAUCCGGACGCCUGCGGCGGGUUCGCGGAGCGCUGGCUGCCUCGCGGUGGAUGAAUUGCCCCCGAGGACUCCCGCUGGGGCGUCAGAGUCGCGGCUCAGACUUGGGCAAAGUUGUACCUGGAGACCUGAGGGACUUGGAGGCUCUCUUGUACCCUUAAGUCGGAUCUUCCAGGACUUCAUGAGUGCUAGCCUCCUUGAGGGGUUUGGGGAGCUGGGAUCCAUGAUCCGUGGAUCAGGUCUGGCUCCCCUCCGACUCUCGCUUAGGUCGUGGCCCUGGACUCUUCUGCGGGAUCUUCGGGAGAAUCGGGAGGUUUGCGUUUUGCUCUGCGUUCUGGACCUCAGUUUCUCCAGUGUGGGAUCUGGCAGCUAGUCGGUUCCUGAACGCACUUCCCUUUGCUUCCCCAGCAGGUGGAAGGGAGCCCACGCGGCGCCUGAGAAUGGAAAGCCAUUGAAGGCAGCUCUGGGCUGAGACCGCCCGUCGGACCCGGCGGAGGGGGGGUGGAUUCCAAAGAGGCCGCCAGGAAGCCCAGGGCUUGGAGUUCCCGCUCCCAGGAGCCCGGGUGGGCCUCUGCCGCCGUCUCGGAGCUCCGCACACCUUGUAAGGGGGAGGCAGGCUACUCCUAGCCCCGCACCCCAGGAGGCGCGCUCCGAGGGAAGCUGCCACCGUGCCGCCUCUGCCUCGGCGUGGAACAAACGGUUAAAGAUUUUGGGCAGCGCCUCGCGGGGGGAGGAGCCAGGGGCCCAAUCCGCAAUUAAAGAUGAACUUUAGGUGAACUAAUUUGUCUGACCAAGCUAACGUGGGCAGCACCCUGGGCCGCCUAUAAAGCGGGCGCGCGGCGGGGUUGGGAGCGCUGGCGGCGGCGGCAGGUGGCGCGGGAGGCCGCGGCGCGCCAUGGGGCUCCCGGCGCUGCUGGCCAGUGCGCUCUGCACCUUCGUGCUACCGCUGCUGCUCUUCCUGGCCGCGAUCAAGCUCUGGGACCUGUACUGCGUGAGCGGCCGCGACCGCAGCUGCGCCCUCCCUUUGCCCCCCGGAACCAUGGGCUUCCCCUUCUUCGGGGAAACACUGCAGAUGGUGCUACAGCGAAGGAAGUUUCUGCAGAUGAAGCGCAGGAAAUACGGCUUCAUCUACAAGACCCAUCUGUUCGGGCGGCCCACGGUGCGGGUGAUGGGCGCCGACAACGUGCGGCGCAUCUUGCUAGGGGAGCACCGGUUGGUGUCGGUCCACUGGCCCGCGUCGGUGCGCACCAUCCUGGGCUCCGGCUGCCUCUCCAACCUGCACGACUCCUCUCACAAGCAGCGCAAGAAGGUGAUUAUGCGGGCCUUCAGCCGCGAGGCGCUCCAGUGCUACGUGCCAGUGAUCGCUGAGGAAGUGGGCACUUGCCUGGAACAGUGGCUGAGCUGCGGCGAGCGCGGCCUCCUGGUCUACCCCCAGGUGAAGCGCCUCAUGUUCCGCAUCGCCAUGCGCAUCCUGCUGGGCUGUGAUCCCCGGCUGGCGAGCGGCGGGGACGCGGAGCAGCAGCUGGUGGAGGCCUUCGAGGAAAUGACCCGCAAUCUCUUCUCGUUGCCCAUCGACGUGCCCUUCAGCGGGCUGUACCGGGGCAUGAAGGCGCGGAACCUCAUCCACGCGCGCAUAGAGGAGAACAUUCGCGCCAAGAUCUGCGGGCUGCGCACGGCCGAGGCGGCUAGCGGCUGCAAAGAUGCGCUGCAGUUGUUGAUCGAGCACUCGUGGGAGAGGGGAGAGAGGCUGGACAUGCAGGCACUAAAGCAGUCUUCAACCGAACUCCUCUUUGGGGGACAUGAAACCACAGCUAGUGCGGCCACGUCUCUGAUUACUUACCUUGGGCUCUACCCCCAUGUUCUCCAGAAAGUUCGAGAGGAGCUAAAGAGUAAGGGUUUACUUUGCAAGAGCAAUCAAGACAACAAGUUGGACAUGGAAAUUUUGGAACAGCUUAAAUACAUCGGGUGUGUUAUUAAAGAGACUCUUCGACUGAAUCCCCCAGUUCCAGGAGGGUUUCGGGUUGCUCUUAAGACUUUUGAAUUAAAUGGCUACCAGAUUCCCAAGGGCUGGCAUGUUAUCUACAGUAUCUGUGAUACUCACGACGUGGCAGACAGCUUCACCAACAAGGACGAAUUUAAUCCUGACCGAUUUCUGCAGCCUCACCCGGAGGACGCAUCCAGGUUCAGCUUCAUUCCAUUUGGAGGAGGGCUGAGGAGCUGUGUAGGGAAGGAGUUUGCAAAAAUGCUUCUCAAAAUAUUUACAGUGGAGCUGGCCAGGCAUUGUGACUGGCGGCUUCUAAAUGGACCUCCUACAAUGAAAACCAGUCCCACCGUGUACCCUGUGGAUGGUCUCCCUGCGAGGUUCACCCAUUUCCAGGGGGAGAUCUGAUGGGUGCGAGCGCCCAGAACUCAGACCUAUUUGAAGUGUGCAUGAGUUUUUACAGUGUCAUGUUGAUUUUAUUAUAUUUAAUUUCUAAAGGUAUAUUAUAAUAUUUAUGUGUGUCACGUCAGUACCACAGUCUUUAAAUAUUAAAAUAAUGAAUUUGGAUAGUUUCCAAAUAAAGUAAAAUCUGAAGGUGUUUGUCUUGCAUUUAAGAUUCCUGUGGGGAAAGCUCACUGGUUUUAUAUUUGUAUAUUUAACCCGAUUUCCAAGUGUCUACCUGCAUGGCUUUAUUUGUUAUCUGUGCAUAUCUAUUUUCUUGUGAGGAAGAAACUUUCGCUGUUAUUUCUCUUAACCGUUAUUAGAAAACAUAAUGUAUGUGUGUGCGUUAGUCCUUUGUAAAUGUUUCUAUGGUUUAGAUACCCUAUUUAGAAAUAACCUAUCGUGGGGCGCCUGGGUGGCACAGCGGUUAAGCGUCUGCCUUCGGCUCAGGGCGUG